AUGCCGGAAGAGAUAAUCCUAUACUACUUCGACGCAAGAGGGAAGGCUGAGCUCAUUAGGCUUAUUUUUGCUUAUCUAGGAAUCAAAUAUACAGACAAAAGAUUUGGAGAAAAUGGAGAUGCAUUUAUCGAAUUCAAAAAUUUUAAAAAAGAAAAAGAAAUUCCGUUCAACCAAGUGCCAAUCCUAGAAAUAGACAAUGUAAUAUUUGCACAAAGUCAAGCUAUAGUUCGAUAUUUGUCAAAAAAGUAUAAAAUAAGUGGAAAUAGUGAACUGAACGAAUUUUAUGCGGAUAUGAUAUUUUGUGGGGUACAAGAUAUUCAUUAUAAAUUUAAUAACACAAAUUUAUUUAAACAAAAUGAGACAACUUUUCUUAAUGAAGAAUUACCAAAGUGGUCAGGAUAUUUUGAAAACCUUUUAAAAAAAAAUAAUUCCAAUUAUUUCGUUGGUGAUCAUUUAACAUAUGCAGAUUUGGCUGUUUUUAAUUUAUAUGAUGAUAUAGAAAUUAAAUAUCCAAAUAGUUUAAAAAAUUUUCCACUGUUGAAAGCACACAACGCGUUUAUUAGCAAUUUACCGAAUAUUAAGAAUUAUAUUACAAACAGGAAGGAAAGUGUGUACUGA